AUGAAGCAAGCGUCGUUAGUCACAUUAUCGCACCUCCUCGCGCACAUGAAGAACUGCAUCAACAUCACACUAGCCAAAACCUCGGUGCCCUACAACAGGACCAACUUGCAAGCACUUCUACAACUAUACAACCAAGGGUUCGUCUCGGGGAUACAACGAGGCUCAACCUCGGGUCCCGACUUGGUGCCCACGGAAGCUACGCCCGAGAACAUCAGCACAAGGAGGUUAUGGGUCGAUAUCAAGUAUAGAAAUAACGCAUCUGUGAUAUCGGGAUUGCUGAUGGUUUCCAAGCCGAGUAAAAAAGUCGAGUUGUCGGUUGAUGAUAUCAGGUUGUUGGCUGCUGGCUUGAGAGUGAGAAGAGUUGACCCUAUACAGCCUGCUGAGUGUCUUUUCAUUGAGAAUAAUGGCGAGUUGUUUGAAGUUGCCGAGGCUGCGAAAAGAGGUUUGUCUGGUAGAGCCUUGUUUCGUGUCAAGUAA